AUGCCUCAUUACUCAGUGAAACAAGUGUAUGAGAAAUUCCUAGGGGACAAGCCAAGGGUGCAUGGGGACAAAAUAGUUUGGAGUAGGCUGAAUGUUCCAAAACAUAGAUUCAUCUGCUGGUUGGCUGUUCAAUCAAAGCUCCAGACUACAGACAAACUAGCAAAGAUAGGCAUUAGUCAAUCUGCUAGUUGCUUGAUUUGUGGCUUGGAUGAUGAGACUCAUCAGCAUCUCUUUUUUCAGUGCCAGUAUAGUAAGAAAAUUAUUAUAGCAGUACAUCAGUGGAUAGGUUUCUCUAUUCAUGGCAAUUUGGUUCAGUUAGUCAGGAAAGCUGGACAAAGUAAAGCUUCAAAGUUCAGGAAACAGGUGUAUUUUGCAGCUGUUGGUGCUGCUGUCUACCUUAUCUGGAGGUGUAGAAAUACAAGUUUUUGGGAUAACUCCAUUCCCACUGUCAGUCAGAGUAUGAAGGUUUUGAAGCAAAUGGUCAAGAGCAGAAUUCAGGUUGUUCUGCCAAAGCAUAGCUUGUAUAGCUUUGUGUUUGCUGAUUUCAAGGGCAUAGAGUCCAACCUAGUUGGUUUGUAUGUCUUGGAAUUGGCUUAA